AUGGCGUCUCCCACAAGCUCGAGUGGCACAGGCCCCGAGUCCUUGCGAUUGUCGGAGAUCGAGAGUGCGCAUCUGUGCCCUGCAGGCCGCAUGAAGAUGGAGGAGCUUUUCCGGCAGUGGCUUAACGUGGAUGGCACGAAGGAAAUGAUCCAGAACAUGGUGGCCGAUCUACGUCAGGGCAAGGAGCUUAACCUGGACGCAUUGCUAACUACAGUCAGCACUGUCGGCAGUGGAGCUGACUCGCCCUCGCGUAGCCCCAAGCGGCCGCCUAAUUACCAGUUCGGCAUGCUCAGUCCCGGCUCAGCCGGCAGCCCCAGCGCUCGCAGACGACACCAGCACCUGGUCAGUCUCUUCGGAGAUGAGCUCCACAAUGCUGCAGCCGCAGUUGCUGCCGUUGCAGUGGAGACUGAAGCACCAAAGACCGAGGAAACAGAAGCUGCUGCGUCGUCGGACGACGUAGACAUGACUGCUGGAGACAGUGAGCCUACUAAUGAUAACGAUGGAGCGAGUGCACAGGAAACCCCAGCAGAGAACCAGGAGGAACCUACAACACCUGUAGAAGCCGAUACGGACGAGAAUAUGGAGGGGGAACAGGAACCGCAGACGGUGGAGGAAGCUGCCAAGGCCGAGGAGCCUGCAGCAGCUGAACCAGACCACCCCAUGGCCGAGGAGGCCCCGAAACAGGUUCAGAUCCCCAGGUUUUACACGCCUGGCGAAGGCCGACGUGGCCGGUUGCGUGGUUUGUCUACAGACGCGAUGGCUCGCAAGGCAUCGGACAUCGAGGCGCGUUUCCGUGAGUUUCCGGAGGGCAUGAAGGUGGAGGAUUUCGUGGCCAUUACCAAGGAUCUGUGCGGCUUCCCGUCGUUUUUCAACGCGCCGUUUUUUAGACGCAUCCUCGCGACUUGUGGAGCAGCGGGAGAGACAACACCAAAGCCACCGUCCAGUCCAGUAGCGGAGGACUCUUCUAGCCCCACGAGUGCUGAUGGCGGCAUGACACCCCAACGUAUUACGAAGGAUAUGUUCCAGAGCUACUGGAUGCGCGAGAUGGCUCCAUGUGACAGCGUGGAGCGAUUCUUUAGAGUAGUGAAACAACCGAAGAACGACUUCAUAGAGCGAGACGACUUCGCGCCAUUUUUGCAUGAACUGCUGAAAUAUCAUCCUGGUCUAGAGUUCCUUGGGGGUACUCCCGAGUUUCAGGAGAAAUAUGCCUUGACUGUGGUUGUACGGAUAUUUUAUUCCGUCGAUAGAGACAGUAGCGGUCGAAUUACGUUGCGGAAGCUGAGACGCAGUAAUCUCAUAAGCGCGUUUAACACUGUGGACGAGGAAGAAGACAUCAACAAGGUGAACUCGUACUUCUCGUAUGAACAUUUCUACGUGCUGUACUGCAAAUUUUGGGAGCUGGACACGGACCACGACUUUCUUCUCAGUCCCGACGACCUUGUUCGCUAUGGUGGCCACGCGCUUACACGAAUCAUUGUGGAUCGUAUCUUCGAACGCGGCCGGCGUCCAUUUGCUCGCGUCCAGACGCUGACGUCCGAGGAAAAGAAGAAAAUGAGCUACGAAGACUUCAUUUACUUUAUGCUCUCGGAGGAAGACAAAGCAAAUCCG